UGAUGUCUAAACUUUCCUCUGAUUGUUCCACACUUUGAUAAUGCGACUGAGGUCAUUCGAAACUUUGAGGCGGAGAAGCAUGUGUGGGAGUGUGGGCCGCAGAAGAAGGAGGAAAGGGAAGAAGAGGGGAGGGGGAGGUCACGUUUGUAAUGGCAGUAUUGCAUAACUCGCCAGAGAGGGAAUAGAAGGAAAGCGAGGGAAAAUGGAAAGGGGAGAAAAAAAAAAGGAGGGGGUGCGUUACUGUACUUGAGGAGCCGAGGCUUGGCACCGGCGUGUUUUUGUUCUUUUUGACUUUUAAACCGGCUGCAGACGAGUCACUAAAAGUUUUUAUUUAAGCACAAGGGAGCGGGAGUGAAACGCGAAGGUGUUGCCACGGAGAGAUCCGAAACCUUUCAGUGGAUCUUUUCCAAGGAGCAAAAAAAAAAAAAAAAAAAAAGGGGGCAGACACACAGACAAACACACGCCCUCUCUGUCAGGUCGGGGCGUGCACACACUUGUAGACAGACACUUCAGAGAGAGAAAGGGAAUGUGAGGCGCUACCUGUGGAGCUGCCGGUGAGAGGAAAACGUAUUUGUAGCUUUUUUUUUUAUUGUUUCUGGACUUCUCUUCAGCACCUCUACUGCUGUUUUUGUUACACUUCUUACUCUGCUUGUGUCUGGAAUAUGACUCGUUAAUCUUGCCGGGAAGUUUCCCCUUCAGCAUGGUGCAGAGGGAUAUGCCUAUCACGUCAGUCCUCCAGCUCAAACUCCAGCAGAGACGUACACGGGAGGAACUGGUCAGCCAAGGGAUCAUGCCACCACUGAAGAGCCCAGCAGCCUUUCACGAACAGCGGAGGAGUCUGGAGCGAGCGAGGACCGAGGACUACCUGAAGAGGAAGAUCCGGAGUCGUCCUGAGCGCUCUGAGCUGGUCAGGAUGCACAUUCUGGAGGAGACGUCUGCGGAGCCGUCCCUGCAAGCCAAGCAGCUGCAGCUGAAGCGAGCGCGACUGGCCGACGACCUCAACGACAAGAUCUCCCACAGACCAGGUCCCAUCGAACUGGUUCACAAGAACAUCCUGUCUGUGGACUGCCCCGUGCACUCACCGCUGGAUUCUCCAAAGGGAGAGAGCUCGUCUUUGGAUGAAGACAGCAGUGAUGCUCUGUCACCAGACCAGCUGACCAAUCACGACUCUCCCCUGGGUGCUGUCCCCCAGCUGUCUCCCUCUGACGUGGUCACGCAGAACGGGGACAUGUCCCCCACACAGUUUAUUACACAGUCGCCUCCUCCACCUCCUCCACCACCUCCUCCACAGGUGAAUGGGUCGGACUCCUCCCCAUUCACAAAAAUAACAAAUGGGACAACGGUGACCAUAUCCAACUCCCGCCCCUCUACUGGACACGUCAAGUCUCAGGGUAAGACGAGUUCAGACCGUCCUCCACAGAGACCCAAGAAACCAAAGGACAGCAAACCCAAGGUGAAGAAGCUGAAGUACCACCAGUACAUCCCUCCAGACCAGAAGGCCGAUAAAGAGCGUCCGCCCCAGAUGGACUCGUCCUACGCCAAGCUGCUCCAGCAGCAGCAGCUCUUCCUGCAGCUGCAGAUCCUCAACCAGCAACAGCAGCACUACAACUACCACACCAUCCUGCCCGCCCCGCCCAAGCCGCCCACUGAGCAGCCUCCCACCACCAACUCUGGCCCCUCCCCCUCCCGCAGCAUUCCCACGACGACCACCACCUCCUCCUCCAAUCAGAGCGGGAACGCCCGCCAGAGCCAAACCGCCGUGGGAGGAGCCAAACCAUGCACUCUGCCAGCCAACCUGGACGAGUUUAAAGUCGCCGAGUUGAAACAGGAACUGAAAUUGCGUGGUCUGACCGUCUCCGGCACCAAGAACGAUCUCCUCGAGAGGCUCCGCAACUACCAGGAGCAGAACGGCGGCACCACAGCUAUUCUGAAAAACAGCAUAUCGCAGCAAGGCCUGCACGCCGCGACCACAGCCGCCGGCACCGUCACGUCCUCUCCAACCACAACAUCCACCCCCGACCACCAACCGGGGGAGUGCGGCUUUAAGUUAGAUCUGGCGUCACUGGGUCAGGUGAUCCCGGGGCGGGUCAUGCGGUUCGGCAGCACCAGCUCCAGCCCUCCGAUGUCACCCACUCCGUCUGAGAGGUCGCUGGCCGGGAUGAGUCCAGACGAGACGAGCUGUAACGGAGACAUGUUCGGAGAGAUGGUGAGCUCUCCUCUGACCCAGCUCACCCUGCACCCGUCUCCUAAGCACCCGUCAAACGUGUCUCCGCUCUCCAAAGUGAAGGAGGAGAUCCAGAGCUCCUGCAGCCUCUCCAGGCCUUCACCGUGUCCUCCUCAGGAGUCCGUGCUUGGGGUCGCCAUGGACACGUCCUCCCUGGACAAGGACCAGAUGCUCCAGGAGAAGGACAAACAGAUCGAGGAGCUGACCCGGAUGCUGAGGCAGAAACAGCGGCUGGUGGAGACCCUCCGCUCGCAGCUGGAGCAGGGCAAGAUGGCGGGCGGAGCGGCGUCGGAGAAGGAAGGGAGCGAAAAGAGCAAAAUGUGCCCAGAGGUGAAACUCCAAACUCUGAUUAAAGCGUCGGCCAUUCAGCCCCCGACUCUCCCCAACGGCAUCGUGGUGAAGGUGAAGAAGGAGGUGGAGCCCGAGGAGGGGAUGGAGGGGGUGACGGAGGCUAAGAAAGCGGCCGGGCCCAUGCAGUGCUCCCAGGAGACGCUGCUCAGGCUGCAGCAGAUCCACCGGCUGCAGAUCCAGCAAGCCGAGCAGCAGAGACAGACGCCGCAGCUCAAACAGCAGCAGCAGAAAGCGGCGGAGACCGUGUCCAGCGCUCAGAAGCUCCAGCAGCAGAAGAAGGAGGCCCAGAUCCUGCUGCAGCAGCAGCAGCAGCUGCAGCAGCUCAUCAUCCAGCAGACGCAGCAGAAACAGCUGCAGGCGCAGCAGAAGUUAGCGCAGCAGAGGUUGGCCCAGCAGAAACUCAGCCAGCAGAAGCUCAACCAGCUCAAACAGACUCAAGGGCAGGUUCAGCAGAGCCAGCAGAAGAACCAGGUCCAGCUGAAGCAGGUCCAGGUGCAGAUCCAGAAGCCUGCCAUGAGCCAGACGCAGCAGAGGAAGCAGCAGAGGGCUCAGCAGAGGCAGCAGCAGAGGCAGCAGACGGCAGCCGUCACCACACAGCAGGUGACCCCGGUCUUCAUCAACCAACAGAACGGCACUCAGAUCCACACGCAGGCCAUUUCAUUAGACCUCCUCAAAGCAAACGGCACACCCACGCUGAUCACCGACACCAACGGCAACCACUACCUGAUCGCCCUCACCAGUCAAACCACAGACGGACAGAACGGAGUGUCCUCAUUGGCCAAACCCAACGGACGCAUCACACUGCAGCGGUUACAGUCGACUCCAAGUAAACUCCCCAGCACUGACAGCCAAUCAAAAGAGGCGCCAGAGGCCGAGCCAAUCAAAAAGGGACAGAAGGCGGGGCUCCACCUGGACACCAACGGCGCCCCACAGCCCAGUCUGUCCGUCACGGCUCCGCCCAACCUGCAGCCGUUCUUUGACGACGUGUCGGACGGCGAGAGCCAAAACAACCUGGUGUCGUCUCUGAAGAGAGACGUGUGUCCGCCUUACGACCGGCACACACUGUUCACCCCUCCCUCUCCUAAACCCAACACCUCCCUUCCUCCUCAGCGCUCCAAACAGGAGAACGGCGUCAACAGUCAGCAGAUGGACGACCUGUUUGACAUCCUGCUCAAAAGUGGAGAGAUUCCCGGCUUUAAGUCCAACCCGGACCCCUCCCUCGCUCCGCUCCACUCCGACCCCCCCUCCCCGUCCUCUCCACGCUCCCCCCUCCACCUGUCCCCCCCCACCCCGACAGAGCCCCUCCUCUCCCCCCAGCCCCCGGCGGGACCGCCCUGCCCGGGCAGCGGGCGCCUGGAGGACUUCCUGGAGAGCACCACGGGCGCCCCGCUGCUGGGCGUGGAGCCCGACGGCGGCCUGACGCUGAUCGACGACCUCCACAGCCAAAUGCUGAGCACGCCCAGCAUCCUGGACCACCCCCCCUCCCCCAUGGACACGUCCGACCUGGGCUUCUCCCCCCACUCCACGGGGCUGGACUUCGGCGACCCCACCCUGGACAGCAUGGACUGGCUGGACAUCUCCAUGGUGGGGGGCGGCGGCGGGGGCAGCGGGGGGGCCCCGGAGGGUCGAGGGGGGAGAGAAGGAGGCGGGGACGGCGGGGGGACGAGCCUCGCCCCGCUGGUGCCGCACACGCCGCCCAGCGUCUUCUCCACCGACUUUCUGGACAGCACGGACCUGCAGCUGCACUGGGAGUCGUGUCUGUAGCCGCACGGCCUCGGACACGCUGCCGCCCACACUGUGUACAGGCGCUGUCUUUACUUCAUGCACAUGUAGAAACCUUUCUAUGCUGUCUCUACCACUGCGGGGGGGCACUGGCACACAAAAACACACCGCUCACUGUUACUGCACGCAGGAAGACAAACAAACACACACAGA